UUGUUCCACUUCCCUGUGAGAAGAAACAGUUCAUGUCAAAGAGCUGUGAGAGAAAAUCAGAUUGGAAAGGACCACACAGCCUGGAUGACAGAACAGAUUGAAAAGAGCAGGUACACUGAGGAUGGGGCUGUUCAUGGUAGAAGACUUUCUAAGCUGGAUAAUUGUUACGGAUUCAAGUGUAAAGCAAGACGGUAAUUAGAGACCUGGCACUGGUACAUCACGACAGCAGAAGUGUUACCAUGGAGACUGGCAAGCCAGGAUUGGCGAGUGCUCCAGUGCACAUCAGCUCUGUUGCAGCGCAGACAGAGAAAAGGAUGGACAUCCAGGCCCCACUGACAGCUGUUUACAUCCACACAGUGCCUGCUCUACCAGCGCAGCCUUACCCACAGCUUCCUGCAGCUGCCCGUGAACCAGCCACGAUCCAUCUGGCCAUGCCAUCACUCUACUCCAAGGAGACGCUUCCGUUUCUGACACUCCAAAUUGCUGGUGGGCUGCAGUCUCUACCGGGACUGAGUCUGGCAGCUGCUGCACCUACAGCCAGACCCAAAUUAGCAGGAAAGCAUGUUUGCCCUCACUGUGGACGGGACUGUAUGAAGCCCAGCGUGCUGGAGAAGCAUCUCCGCUGCCACACAGGGGAGCGGCCUUACCCCUGCAUGACUUGUGGAGUUUCUUUUAAGACACAGAGCAACCUCUACAAACAUAAACGUACUCAGGCUCAUGCCCGCCUCUCAUCUGAGUCAGAGCAGAGCAGCCUGGGAAGCCUGGACAGCAUGUCCAGCUCCAGAGAGACUCAUAUCUCCAGUUUGUCUCUGGAUGAGCACAGCGAGGCAUUGGGCAGCAUUGAGAAGGAUGCCACACUACCUGCUGCUGACAUUACAGGGUCAGCCAAUACUACAAAGGUCUACUCUGUAAAGACACAAGGGUCUGUCAGUGAACAGAAUGCAUUAACCCCUGCAGGUCAUAAUAAAGAACCAAAUGAAAGCGCAAAGAUAACACAAGAAGAGGAAACAUCGAGGGGGGAAAAUGAAAACCCCCCUAUGACUGUUAGUCGACAUCUUCCCCUUCAGAGACAAGAGGCCACUCUGUUCUCCAAGCAGUGGGGAAGCUCUGUAUCCAGUGAAAAAUCACAGAGCCAUGAGAGCACGGACUCAGGCUUCAGUGAGAGCAGCGACCACUACCCUAGCCUUGGCAGUGUUUUACCUGACCAAAGUAUGGAUUCCCUCACCAAAUCCAAUAAAGAGCAUCUUGAAGAAACCAUCAACACACACACACCUUCAGAACCAGGCCAAGGUGCACAGGAGCCCAAGGACACUGCAAGAGAGCAGGAGCAGAAGACAUUGGAGGAGCGCAUAUCAAAGCUGAUUUCUGAGAAUACAGCUGUUGUAGAGGACAAACAACUGGAGAAUGUGAGGCCACGGAAGACAGUUCUGUCAAAGCAGGGUAGCAUUGAUCUCCCUAUGCCAUACACGUACAAGGACUCCUUUCACUUUGACAUGAGGAAAAGUAAGACUCCAAACGUUGGGUUACAAAGAAACAGCAAGCCUGGAUUGUACAGCUCUGUUCCCACUCAGCACUCCACCACCAUGGAGCAUACCCCCUUAACCCGCAGCAGCUCCCUCCCCUUCAGUGUAACCCUCCUGCAGCCGGAGAGGAGCACUCCAACGUCUUCCUAUCAGAGCGAUUAUGUAACACUCGUUCGCAGGGGAAGCUCUGGCCAGAUCAAUCCAACAGGUUUCGCGAUCAAGCCUGUGAACCAGCAGUCAUCCACCCACCGCCCACUGGUCCGGCAGACAGCCGUAGACUGCAACCACGCAACAGACGGUCUCUUCAUGAAUUCAUCUGUGAGGGAGACAUGCACCGGCAAUCUCAGCUGCGAAGGGAAUGGCAGUGACAUUUGUGGUGAUCCAAGCAACAGAAAGUUCAGGAGGAAGAAAGCACAGAAGUUUGCCUACAAUAAGUGGUACAUGUAUGGGGGCGGGACAUUUAAGAAACUCUAUAAUGCUGAGAAAGGCGUUGAUAACAGUGUUAUCAGAGGCAGGAAAUGUAUGUACCUAGAGCAUGAGGUUGUUCAGGGUCCACAAAAAAGGUUGUCAGCAGUUCAUAAGGAGACAGUAACAACACCAGGCUCGACAAUAAACAUCACAAGCAGCAAUGCAACAGUGGGCCAUCCAGGCUGUCCUCCUGCCAAGAUAUCCCUUGUCUCCGCUGUAGAUCUAAGAACUAGCCAGCUUCAUUCAUCAUGCAGCUCUCUAAAGGCUCCACUGCAGAGAAAUCUGUCUUUAUCAAUACUGCCAUUACCGUCAAUUGGAUCAUUGGUUAGCCACAAAACAGACCGCUUGAGCAGCCCAGAGGCAGGGAGAUUGAUUACUGAAGAAAAACAUACUGAUUCCAAUUCUCAGCUCUGUGGAGCCCAUGUUCCCUCCGAUAGGAAAAAGCAGAGAACUGCUGACAAAAUAAUUUGCCCACUGGAGAUGGAGACUGACCCAAACACACUGACUCACCCCCCUCCCUCUGUCACUGGCAGUAAGACUCAGCAGGAUACAAAUCACAGUUAUAUCAACCUUCAAAAAAAUCAAAAACACACUCAGCUCAACGGAGCACUCUUCUCGCCAUGCAUUAUAAAUGCAAAUACACCGUCUGUUACCAUCUUGCCAGCCACUUCCAUCCCCUCCGCUGCUAAGACAAGCUUCCUGCCCAAGUACCAGCUCAAGUUACCUAAUGCUGCUGAACCUGGUUCAAAUACUUCUCCGCAUGUGCUGAAUAAACCAACAGGAACUGAUGGCUGCACUGUCACUUCUGCUCUGUCAUCGUCUCAAACUGAGCAAACCUCACCCUCAACUUCUGAAAAGAAAUGUACUGAUCCCAUCACCUCAACGUUAAUGCAGGCUUGUGAUAUCAAAAAGAUAAAUACUUUCAAUUCAACACAAGCCCAGCUUCUCUUGCCUUGCACAGGCACAAUCUUCUGUCAAGCUGAAACAUCAAGAUCCAAUGAAAAUGCGCCAUCUAGUCUACCUCUAGUGCACAGGCAAUUUGCAGCAACCGCAAUAACCAAAACCUGUCUACAUGAAUAUCAGGCAGGAUUAUGCAGUACUUCAAUAGAGCCCUCAAAAUCUGCAGCGAAAUCAGCGCCUAUGCAGUUACCCAGACCAAGUGCACCUGUGGUUGCGAACGUCCCUGCUAUAUCUACAAUAACCACAGCAAAAAACGAGACAUCUGCUGCUGGCAUUACAGCUUUCUCACAACUUAGCUCAAACCCUCCUCUGUCACAAUCGCAACUCUCGCCAGCAUUAGACCAGUUAAACCCUCUAAAUAGAGCAUAUGCUGGCCCAAACACCCCAAACGUAACUUGUCACAUUUCACCAUUUGACCAAGUGCAACCAGCUGCUCAGAAUGUGUUUCAUGUUCACACAGCAGACCUCCAGAUCUGCCUUCAGAUCAUAUCAGACGAACAGCUGGCUCUCAUUGAACCGCAGAUUGAGCAACAAGCAAGUAGCAGCCUCUCACAGAGAUGUGAUAUGGCAGCAUUGGCCCCAGAGGUGAUCCAAAAUAACGCUCAAAGCUCUGUCACCAUGGAAAGUAGCAAUGAGGGAAGGGACAAUCACCAGCCAGGACAUCAAAGGGAGUUGGACAAAAGUCAAUCUUUACCCACACUUAACGUCCACUGUCCACUGACUAGCCAUUUUGAGAAGGCACAGCCAAAUAUGCACAUGACUGAACACAGUAAUUCCAGUCAGGCUACAGUAUCAGCUGAAUCUAACCCUCCUGAAGCUCUAGGCUUGACACAACGCCCACACAAAUACAGUCAUGUAAACAUGGCCACAGAGACUCGGACCUCUGCGGGCAAUCUUAUAUCAACUGCUGCUUCACUCGAAGGUGUACAGUCAGGAAGGGGCCAAACUUCAAAGGAAGAACAUGCCCUUUCUCUGAACCAUUGUACUGAGGAGCAACUUUUCAGCAGGGUCAGCCAAGGUGAUUUGGUCUUGCAAACACUCCCUGGCCAACACAAGCUCACUGUGACCUGUCUUUCUCCCAGUGCAGUAAAUCAGAAUAACACUAGACGUGAAAUACUGUGCAAAGAAAGCCAAAAAAAACUUAAAAAUCAAGGAUCCUUAUGCAACGCUGGCAUAAUGAAAGCCAUGGGUGAAGACUCUGCAUACAAAAGCAGCAGGUUAAAAAGUGGAGAAAACCAUCCCUCUCUGCAGGUUAAGUUCAGUGAGGCCUCAACUGGUGCGUCUGCCAAUGAACUCACUGGGUCAGUUUCUUCAUUUUCCAUCAAUAAAUGCAAAGCUCAACGACAGUUGAACCCACAAGCGUCCAUGUCCUGCAGUAAUCCUUCAGAAUUUACAUUAUCAGAGAAUCUGAAUCCAUCUAAACAUGCAAACAGGAGCCGUGACAGGGUGGGACCUGUGGACAAUUCUGCCCCUUUAAAGGAAAUGACUCUCAGUGAAUCACAGGAUGUAAUCAGCUUAGCCCACUCAGAAAAACAACUGGAUCAGUUUGCUUCAGUGUCUUCUAACAUCCAGGUGGAAAGACCCAAAGACAUCCCAUCUUUUCUAAAAAGUAUUCAGAGCCCCACUGCAGGACUUGUGGAGGGAGCCUCCCCGGUGGGAUGUGCAGCCCAGAAGGAGCCGCAGACACUGGGACAUGGAGGUACCCCAGGUCAGUCAGACAGUGCAGACUGGAGGUCAAAGCGGAGCCAAGACGCUGGAGAAACAAACCACCAAAAAAUGGAUGGGCAGGGUGGUGGAGGAGUGAUGAGAGAGGAUAAGAAUGGAGGGAUCAAGACAGACCACGUGCCAGGACAGUGGGGCAAUGCCAAGUCUGGCUGCAGAUACACGGUUUUACCAGAUGUGAAAAAGCCUGAGCCGUUGGAAAGAAGGAACAUGUCAACCUCAAGCCAGGAAUGUCGGGUCCUUGCAGACCUAGUGACUGUGCCACAAUCAGAGCUGGAAACAUUGAAAAAGCUCCUCUCUGGCGAAGGUGCUCCUGCUCCACUCCUCUUCCCCAUAUCCCAUGGACUGAGGUGGUCGUCAGAGGCAGGAGAAAAAUAAGUCGUUGAACCGCCAACUACGACGCUUUCACAAUGCAUCCUAUUGCUCCAGCUUCAGAACAGGUUCCACAUUUUGGAGAGGCAACGCACAUCUGAUACCUCUCCUACUGGUCCAUCAUUGCUGCAGACAGAAGCGACAUCGGUCCAACAGUGGUUCACCUAGUUAAGAUUCCGCCACUGCCCCCUCCUCCUUCAACCCUUGUCUGCACUCGUAUCUUCUGGGAAGAAGAUCCUCAUGUCGAUCCCAAAAAGCGCUGGUCUGAAUUUCAUUUACAAUUUUGAUCUUCUCUGGAAUCAUAGUGGUUACUACAAACACGAUGGCUUUCAUCUGUACCACGUCGAAGCGCACAUGCUCUCCACAAACAUGGAAUUUGCCCUCUUGGAUGACUGAGAAAAUUGCCCACUAUGCCCCCACAAGGUAAGUGUGUCAUUUGCUUCCUAGCCACCAAAAUCCUGCCUAACUGAUCACUGUUAUAAAACUAAUGUACAGUUAUGGCAAUAAUAAUAAAAAUAGAUAAAUAAAUAAAAGUCAGUUACCUUGAAUGGGCACAAUAGAUUUGCUCUAAACCAAUCAAGGGGCCUGGCUGGCUUCAUAGAUCAUAUUAUUUUGACUCUGCCAGUCAGUCAGAAUGUCCUCUGCUUCGGUUGAUCCCAGUCAGGAUCAGCAGCAGGCAGAAUGUUAGCUCUAUGUAUGUGACCAUCAUAUAACAAUAAUGGCACUCAUGUAGAUAAUCUUAUUCAUAUUAAACCUGCUAUAUCCAAGUCUGUCACUAAGACCUCUACAUGUGCCUUAAGAAUGGCACUGCUCAAUGUGAGAUCUUUAGUUAACAAAACCUUCCUUGUCAGGGACAUCUUAUGUGCCAAUAAACUUGACUAUAUACUUCUCACUGAGACCGGCCUUGGCAAGACAGGUAACAAAAAGCUGAUUGAACCAGCUCCUGCUUAUUUUAGAUUGCACAUUGCACAAGAAGCAAUACAAAGGGUGGGGGGAUUGCUGCUCUCUAUGCUGUCUACUUAAACUGUAAAAUGGUUCCUCUUGCUGACUUCUCAACUUUUAAUGUCUAGCUAUGGUUGUUACAUCUGAAUUUCCUGCAUAGCUACUGUGAGUAUCUAUGCAGAAAAUACAAGCUUAAAGAAUGUGUUCUAGAUGAAUUUGCUGAGCAGCUGUCAAAAAUUUCCAUUAACUAUGACCGCAUUGUCUUUUCUUGCGACUUCAGUAUUCAUAUUGACAAUCCCACUAACUCGGACACCAAACUCUGCUAGAAACUUUUCACAGCAUGUUAUGGUCCCCACUCAUAAACAAGGACACAUCCUCGACUUGGUUAUAUCUAAAGACCUUGAUGUAUCUCUAACUGCCAUUAUGAAUGUUGCAAUUUCAGAUGAUUUGGGUCGGGUUUUAGAGUGAAUCAUAGCACCAUUCCUGUACCGAUGAUACAUAGCCGUAUGUCUCAUGUUCUUUAGAACAUCUCAGUCCCAUUAAAUUAAUUUGUAAGAUGCAUUGAUAACAUCUACCACUGGAUGUCUCAAAACUUUCUGUAACUUAAAAAAGAAAAACUGAAAUACUCAUAGUAUGCCCAAAAGUACAAAGGCAGGAGAUUUUAUCCAUGUUAUCACCAUUUUCUCUAAAGCACAGUGAGGAUGUCAGAAACCUAGGUGUUAUUACUGAGGCCAACUUCCAGCAUAAUAUUAACCACCAUUACGAAAACAGCUUUUUACCAUUUAAAAAAACAUUUCCAAACUUAGGAGCUUCCUCUCCCAGUCUGAUUCUGAAAAAGUAAUCCAUGUAUUCAUCGGCAGCAAAUUAGAUUACUGUAAUACCCUUUUUUCAGGACUUCCCAAAAAGAGAAUAGUUAGGCUCCAGCUCAUUCAGAAUGCUGCUAUCAGAGUACUAACUGGCACUAGGAAAAUCAAAAACAUUACACCUGUACUGAAAACACCUCACUGGCUGCCGGUACAGUACAGAAUUGACUUUCUGACCUGCUUACUGGCUAUAGCCCAAUCAGAUCCCUCAGAUCAUCAAGCAUGUGUCUCCUGAAUGUACCUAGAAUUAAAACUAAAUCAAAUGAAGGUGCAUUUGUGUGUGUAUUGUUUGGCUGUAAGGUUAUUGUAUUUAUGUGGAGUAUUUAUAUAUGUGUUUUCUAUCAAGUUUAAUAUUUUCCAUGUUUUACUGUAAAGCACAUUGAGUUUACCUGUGUAUGAAAUGUGCUAAACGAAUAAAUUUGCUUGACUUGAUUUGACUUCUCAGUGUGGCUGUGAAUUUUCCUCUCACCCGCAGGUGGUUCCAUCCAGCUCCAUAGAGAAUUUUUGCUGAUUUCUUCAGUUCUGGAAACCGUCCAUAUGCUUGGUAUUCAGAAUCUGGUAUUGCGGUUACAUCCACACCUGUAUCUAUUCUAAACUCAGAUUUGUGGUCAUUUAUCUUAACUUUUGUUAGCCAGGCUUUUGAGCCCCGUCUGUGCUCACUGAGCCCGAGAAUACAGUGUCCUCCUCUGUGGCACCUUCACAGGUGGUAUGGACCAACACAACAGCCCCAGACCUGCACACUUUUGCAUAGUGUCCCUAUUAGUUGCAAAAUGCAUCUUUUUGGAUGGUAACUGCUGUUUGUUAUGAGAUGGUGCUCUACCACAUCUUUUGUUGUGUGUUACUAUGUGGCUAUGACUGAGGGUGCCUACUUAAAGUGCGUUUUGCUCUGCUGCCUGUUGACUGUUCACUGCUGCACCCCAACAUUGUCCAUAUUAGCUGCUUUAGCCUCUGUUUUGAAGUUGCUCAUUAGCAUGUCCUGCUUUUUCACUAGUUCACUUUGGCGGACAGUAACUGCUUUCUCCAGUGAUAGCUCUGGGUCCAUUUGAAAUUGCUCAGGAAAUCCUUUGUCUCUCAAGCCCACAACUAACCUGUCACGUAUUAUCUUACUCUGUAGUUCUCCAUAGCCACAAUGUUCUUAUAAACAUUAAAGUGCUGUGAUGAAACUAUCCACAGACUCUCCA